GAUGAAGGUUUGAUACGGCUGAGUUAUUUUAAAUGGAUUUUGCUGAUGGUAUUCCAGAUAUUUGCAUUCCAGGUCUAUCUGAAGAUGUGCUACGUUGCUGUGACAUGUGUGGUGAAAAACAUUCUGCCAAGGAAUGCAAGUUUCUCAUUGAUGCUCCAAGGAUUGGUGAUGGCCUGACGAGCCGCGCUCGCGUCACAUUGCCCUCGGUGCUGGCGUUACGCUGCCACCUGGACUCCAGCGUAACGGUCGUGAGCACCGCCGAGCUGGGGGUCGGCACUCUGUUCGGCCCGAUGGUGGCGCCGCGUACCGACCACAUCACCAACCAUCAGUUCCCAAUCAAGGUGUUUGGUGGGGACGGCGCGGCGGACCGGUACCUGGACACCCGGGACGAGGACCAGUGCAACUGGAUGUGUCUGGUGACGCCCUCCUCGGAGUCGCACCUGCAGAACCUCGCCUGUAUUCAGAUCGGUGACGACAUUUUCUAUGUGGUGCGCCGCGCGGUGUCGGCCGGCACGCCGCUGCACGUCUGGUACGCGCCGUUCUACGCCGCCAAACUGCGUCACUCUCUGACGUCAGACCUGCUGGCGCCGGCCGACAGUGACGUCACGGAGGUGGUGCUGAUUCGGGAGGCCGAGACGCCGCCCGAAAAGGAGCUGGACAAGCCGGCCGGACCCGCCGGUCCGGCCGUCGAACUGUGCUGCCCGCUGUGCCCGCGCCGGCCGCGCAGCGCCGCCUCGCUGGCCGCCCACCUGCUGAAAGUGCACGGCUCAGAGCUGUCGGCUCUGCCGGCCGCGCCGCCGCCGCGCUGCGCGGUCUGUGACGCCGAGUGUACGGACGGAGCGGCCCUGGUGGUGCACCUGAGGAGCCACCGGGCCCUACACCGGUGUCCACACUGCGCCAAGGUGUUCACCCGCCGUCAGACGCUCGCCGCCCACCCGUGCCCCGGUCCGCGGCGCGCCGCCCAGGGCUGGCCGUGUCCCCACUGCGGCCGACUGUUUACCACGGCGGCCGCGUGGCGGCGCCACCAGCGGCGGCACACGGGAGCGCUGCGCUGCGCUGGCUGCGGCCGCCACUUCGCCUCGGCGUCCAGCCGCGCGGCUCACGUUUGCCGCGCCGCCUCCGCCGCCGACCGGCCGCACGCCUGCCCCCAGUGCGCGCGCCGCUUCGCCAGCGCGGCCAGUCUGCGACAGCACACGGCGCUACACUCGGACCGCUUCGCGUGCCCGCGCUGCGCGAGGCGCUUCUCUGGCGCGGCGCCGCUGCGCCGUCACGAGGCGCUGUGCGGCGCCGGGGAGCAGCUGGCCCGCUGCGGCUCGGUGACGUGCCGCCGCUGUUCGGCGCGUCUCGACUCGCUGCCGGCGCUGGCCGAGCACGCCCGGCAGCACGAGCUGCCGCACCGCUGCACCACCUGCGGCCGCAGGUUCCGCUCGCGGCUGCAGCUCGGCGCACACGUCUGCUCGCGCCUGGAGCCGGAGCGGGGCGCGGCGGGACGAGUGGCUCCUUCCCGGCGACCGGUGAGAUCCCGGACAGCGCAGUCCGCGCCACCCCCAGUGGUGUGUGAGGUGUGCGCCCAGACCUUCACCUCCAAAAAGUCGCUCUGGCUCCACCGGUUCACACACGCCGAGCGCCAGUUCGCCUGUGAGCUGUGCGGCUUGAAGUUCAAGCGGAAAGAUACGAUGCUGUCACAUCUGGCCACGCAUGGCCAGCCAAUGGUGCCAUGUCCCCACUGCCACAAGCGGUUCAAGUCGAAAAAGUCGCUGGCCGUGCACGUGCGUCUGCACACUGGGGACGCGCGCUUCGCGUGCGACCUGUGCGAGCGGCGCUUUGUGCAGAAGGUGAACAUGCUGCGCCACCGGCGGACCCACGACCCGGACCACCGGCUGGAGUUCCGCUGUGACGUCUGUGGAAAGUGCCUGAGCAGCGCGCACCACCUCAAGGACCACCGACUGCAGCACACCCAGGGUCGAACCCACCGGUGCGCCGCGUGCUCGCGCUCCUUCCUAAAGCGGCGCGACCUGCAGCGGCACAUGUCCGUGGUUCACACCGCCGGGCAGUACGAGUGCCCCUUCUGCCAUAUGACCACACGGCUCAAAGGCAGCAUCAGCCGGCACCUGGCCAAGAUGCACCCGGCUGAGCGGCCGCAGUGGUCGCCCGCCGGCUUCCUGGACUCGCUGCACAGCGCCCCGGCCCGGCCGGCCGCCGACUCCAUCCUCACCCUGGAGCCGGACGGCACGCUGCUGCUGGCAGUGCCAUCUGGUGACGCCGCGCUGGACUCGAGCUUGGCCCGCUCGCCGUCGGCGGCGGUACUGGCGGACGCGGCGGGAGGGGAUCAGGACGUGCUGCUCUAUGUGAUUGAUGUGCCCGAGAUGGACAUCACUUUUGACCCGCCGCAGCAGUGACGGGACGCGAUGGUGACCUGGAGGGGUCGGUGGGGAACCCGCUGUCCCGCUGUGAUAUUUUGGGUGGUUAGUACCAAUCAUCUAAGGAAUUAUGUACAGGACUCUGCUGUCCUCGUCACCUCUUGUUUGAACAACGGGUAUGUUUUUUGUACGUGAUUUAUUGUUUUUUUCUUCUAUUGCCUUUUGGUCUAUGUGUUCGUGUAGUGUGUAUGUGUACGUGUAGUAUGUACCAGUGGGAGCCACUGGCUCAAAACCCACAAACACUGCACAGCGGAAACCACACGUGUUUUGGUGUGGUGGGUAUACGGGUUAAAGCGUGUUUUGAGUAAUGUAGUGCUAAUGUAGCAAUUUGGAAAACAAAGAAACAUGCAAAGAAAUUUACUCGGCUGUAUGAUGACGUUUGGAGCAUCCAAAGUGACGGGGUAUGGGAUCAAUGAUAUUGAUGCGAUAUUGUUCGCUUGCUAUUCCGAUAAAAUACCUAUCGAUAUAAUAGGACCGAUACGUUUGCAAUCUACACAGAAUCAUCAUGUCCGGCGUGCUCAUUUGAGUAUUGCUGAAUCCAAUCGCACAUCGUUUGCCUUUUAUAACUCAAAAGCGGAAAAUUGUGCGCAACAUAUGGUUUAUCAACCGAUUUUUAAUUAACGUAAUGUCAUCUUUAUAUUGCAGAAGUUACGGGCGGUGAUCCAUGGAUUCGACGAUGCUGAGCUGAACCGUACAAAUAUAUAUCUUGUUUGGCUUC